CACAGACGCGAUUACCCUCUCUCUUCGUUUCCACACCUUCGACCUCUAGAGAGAGAAACUAGAGAGAGAGCGCUUCAUCAGCUGGUUCCAUCUCACUGAUCGGGAGACCCCUCCCGGUUUCUCUUCGUUUUCUCGCUUAACCUCCAUCUUCUUCUCCUUCUUCUCCUUCCGCCGUCAGCCGCCGCCGCCGUCUUCGCCGUCCGCGGAAAGUAGAGGGAGUGGCGGGGUAGAGAGAGAAUUUUCCGGAAAGGGGGGCGAUCGAAUUCGCUCGUGGAAAGCGAUUGCGCUUUGAUUCAGCGUUCAGACGCCAAUCUUCUGAACUUUGCUCCAAACGUGAGUGCAAUCACCCAUUAGAAGGUAUUUGGGAAUGGUUUUCUUGUUCUGGUCUCGACCUUCUGCAGAACAACAGAAGCAAUGCAUUAACAAGUCCGGUCCCUUCAACUAUGAUGCUAAAUACAGAGGGGCGACGGCGAAGGCUGUGUCAAUCCUCAAGGAGGAUUGUGAACUCCACAAGGAUGGGUUCUUACUCAACCAUGCCCGUGUUUUAGUUGGAUCCGGUCGUGAUACCUAUGAAAAAGGCAAGAAUGCUCUUCAGAGUUGGAGGCAUUUCGGGUUGAACUGGACAUUUGUUGAUUCCAAGACUCGAGUUCAGAAUGGGGUGAAAUUUUGUGUUUGUGUGAAGGAGUUUCUGCCUUGGCUCGUGAUGCCUCUUGAAGUGGUCUUUGUAAAUGAAAGCCAGAAGUCUAAGAAGGGUGGGGCUUUGGGUGGGGCUUCCUUUCGUUUCGGCGGUGGUACACUUAAAGGUCACCUGCUGGCUGGGGAAGAGAGCUUUUCGAUUGAGCUGGACGAGAACAAUCAAGUGUGGUAUGAAAUACUCUCUUUCUCAAAGCCUGCUCACUUUCUGUCUUUCAUUGGUUACCCAUAUGUACAGCUCAGGCAGAAGUAUUUUGCUCAUCAAUCUAGUAAUGCUGUCCGGAAACAUUUAGGAGCUCCUUAGCUACCUGUACUAAAUGCUGCAAGCUGUGUACAAGUGUAACAUGAUUAUGUCCUCAUGACAACUUCUUGCUAAAUCUGCAAUAUGUUAUGAUGAUAUCGAUUUUUGAUACCAGUGUACGUCUUCUUCUGUCCAAACACAGUAUGUAAGCUGAUUGAAUGACAUGAGCUGGAAUGCCAACUAUUUGAUGGCUUAAAUUCGCUUUUACCA